AUGCUUGUUGCAACUCCUCCCUCACAACCUCUGCAAUUAACCGUCUUCUCUUCUCUCCCGUUCACAGAUUCUGCUGGCAUCUACAACUACAUCUCCAUGUCCCUGAAACUUCUCGGAAGACGCUCUAUAUACAAAUCCUGUCCCCAUCCCAGUGUCCAGCUCGUGCAGCACCGUCUCUCGAGUUCCAGCUCCAGCUCCAGCUCCAACGCCACCCAGAGCUCUCCUCCGGCACCCCAAAAUGAAGAGACAGAAUCCGAGUCCGCCCUCACCCGCCGCUUCACCGCCAUGGCCGAAGACGCCCUCGCCGCCUCUCCGCGGCGUGCCUCACAGAUCGCCUCCGAAAACCCCUUCUCCGAAGACCUAAAGCGCGAGCUCGAAGCCCGCAUCGCAGGAGCCGACUUUAAAUCCGCAAACGCUUCCGCAAUCGCCUCCGCAAACCUGCCCUCCUACGCCUCCAAGCACACCCGUGACAUCGCCUCCGCCCAGCACUGGACGGGGACCGAGUCCACGUCCGACAGCGUCCUCCGCAUGCUCGUCGACGCGCACAAGCCGCUCAAGAAAGACCUCCGGGGCAGCGCAAAGCCGGCAAACAUCGACCUCCGCCCGACAAGAAAGUACCAGCCGCGGAGCAGCGGCGACCGCAUCGCCCGCGCGAGGGAGAAGACGACCGAGUACUCGCUGGUCAGGGACGCGGCGACGGAGGACGAGAAGGCCGAGAUCCGGAGCAUGUUCCGGGACCGGUUCCUGCCCGAGUCGCGGGCGGUCGCGUCCGUCAAUGCGCUCAAGUCGCUGGCCGACGAGAAGAUUGAGGAGGCCCGGCAGCGCGGCGCGUUUAAGCACAACUCGAUGCGCGGGAAGCCGCUGGUGCGGGACCAUACGGCGGAGAGCCCGUUUCUGGAUACGACGGAGUAUCUGCUGAACCGGAUCAUCAAGGACCAGGACAUUGUGCCGCCGUGGAUCGAGAAACAGCAGGAUUUGGCGGUGGCGGUGAGGACGUUUAGGGAGCGCUUGAGGGUCGAGUGGAAGCGGCAUGUGAGUAGGACUAUUGCGGCCGAGGUGACGGGACUGGAGGAGCAGUGCAGGAGGGCGGAGAGAUAUGCGGAGGCCGAGGAGCGGUUGAGAAGGAUUGAAGAGAGGGCGGCCAGGAUCGAGGAAGGCAAGGAGGUUAUCGAGGAAGAAGAGAUCCCCGCUACAGGCGGGUCAAUAACGCCGUUUAGAGACCCGGUGUGGGAAAAGACCGAGGCGUCAUACCACAACCUAUCGAUCGAGAACCUCAACUCCAUCACCCGCACCUACAACCUCAUGGCCCCCGAGCUGGCAAAGAAGACAUACUUCUCCCUAGAGCGGGAGCUUAAAAAUUGCUUCCGAGAGUGCGCGCCGCAGAUCGCAGGAGAAAUCAGGGCGCGGGCUACCAGGUCAAACGCAAGCACCUCGUUCUUGAUAGAGCGUAAGGGCGAGAGCGGGAUCUUGGAGAGCUUGGCAGGUGAGAGCGCGGAGGUGUAUGAUAGCAAGAAACCAAACUAUGGGUUUAAGGAGUUUUGGAGGGAUGUGUUUGGGCGGCGGAAGGAGGUGGCUUGA